AGCUGGAACCCAUAAAAAUAGAGGGCGUAGAACUAGAAAUGGUAGACGAGUUCAAAUAUCUGGGCAUUACUCUUGACAGUUCACUCAGAUACAAGACUCAUAUCAGAGAGCAGACGGCUAAGGCCAUAAGAACGCUGUACCAAUGUAAAAGGGCAGUAGGGAAGAACUGGGGACUAAAGCCGAGUAUGAUCCACUGGAUUUACAAAGCCAUUAUCACACCCAGGGUGCUAUAUGGGGCGGUGAUCUGGUGGCACAGGACCCAUAUUGGAGAAUAUCGGAAGAAUCUGACAAAAGUACAAAGACUAGCCUGCCUCAUGAUGACGGGGGCUAUGAGAACCACCCCGACACAUGCUAUGGAGGUGCUGUUAGGCUUAAAGCCCCUCUGGAUUGAGGCAGAGAAGAGAGCCAUGGAACAGUGGUACAGAAUAAAAGCAUGCAAGGAAUGGAGAGGAAGUUGCGUGGACAAGAGACACGCACUGAUACAAAGAGAGGCACUAUCGAAGCUAGAAAUGCUGAUGGUCAAUAAUGACCUCAUAAAGAGGGAGGAGAUUUUCGAUAAGAAGUAUAGGGUACAUAUAGGAGAAAGAGACAACUGGAAGGUAGAGGUCGUGCACCCAACGACUAUAUGCUUCACAGAUGGCUCUAGGAGAAGCUCUACAAAGCUAGCAGGGGCGGGAAUAGUAAUCCCGAAACUAGGAGAAAAGGUGUCGAUACCACUAGGGAGAUACACUAGCGUGUUCCAAGCAGAGGUAUGUGCCAUAGCGCGCUGUGCACGUAUAUUAAAAGAAAGCGAUAAACAAGAUGGAGCCGUGGUCAUAUACACCGACAGUCAAGCGGCACUAAAGGCUCUGAAGAGAAUAUCGGUGACCUCGUCCCUGGUGAGAGAAUGCAGGGAAGAGCUCAACUCGAUAGGCAAGCAUAGAAGUGUAACGGUUGCGUGGGUACCGGGACACCAGGGAGUCACAGGUAAUGAGAAAGCGGACGAGCUGGCAAGGGCGGGGGCGGAGACGGAAUUCCUGGGUCCGGAACCGGCUCUGCCUAUGUCAGCUGACGUCACGAAAGGAGUCAUUGAGAGGAUAAAAGAGAUGGAAGCACAAAGAGCCUGGGAAAGAGAGACCAGUUGCAGACAAACGAAGAUGAUGAUAGAAGGUAGAGACCAAAGGAGAGCUAGGUAUCUUCUGAAACUAGGUAAGAACAGUCUAAGAAUGUUGACCGGUAUCAUAACGGGACACAACACUCUUAACAGACAUAUGAAGAUAAUAGGUAUCAGUAGUGACGAAUCCUGUCCACACUGUGGUAAGGAGGAGACUAGUUUGCACCUACUAGCAGAAUGUAUCAUGUAUGCGGCACCGCGACAUGAAACAUUCGGUAGAGACAAUUUGGGAGAAGAUGAACUCAAGGAUGUCAAACUUAAAGAUGUCCUUCUGUUCUGCAGGAAAACAAGAAGAUUUGAGGAGAGAAGUGUGGGAGAGCAGCCGGGACAGUAACCUGCAGCUCCAACUCCAGGGAAU